CAGCAGCAGCCUGUCCCCAUGGACCCACUGCAAAUGGCCUGCACUGGCCCUCGGAAGAAGAGAGCCAGACAGAUGGACACAUCCAUGGGCUCCACGCAGGACAUCAAGUUUCAGGACUUGGUCCUCUUCAUUUUGGAGAAGAAAAUGGGAACCACCCGCAGAGCCUUCCUCAUGGAGUUGGCCCGAAGGAAAGGGUUCAGGGUUGAAAAUGAGCUCAGUGAUUCUGUCACCCACAUUGUGGCAGAGAACAACUCCGGUUCAGAUGUUCUGGAGUGGCUUCAGGUACAGAAAAUAAAAGCCAGCUCACAGUUGGAACUCCUCGAUGUCUCCUGGCUGAUAGAAUGCAUGGGAGCAGGAAAACUGGUGGAAAUUACAGGAAAACACCAGCUUGUAAGUAUCAUGGUGAGAGGAGACUGUCCAGCCAGCCAUGACUCAAGUCCCCAGAAAACAGAAUCAGCUGCUGUACAAAAGAUCUCCCAAUACGCAUGUCAAAGAAGAACCACAUUAAACAACCAUAACCACAUAUUCACGGAUGCCUUUGAGAUACUGGCUGAAAAUUGUGAGUUUAGAGAAAAUGAAGGAUCUUAUGUGACAUAUAUGAGAGCAGCAUCAGUACUGAAAUCUCUUCCAUUUUCAAUCAUCAGUAUGAAGGACACAGAAGGAAUUCCCUGCCUGGCGGACAAAGUGAAAUGUGUCAUAGAGGAAAUCAUUGAAGAUGGAGAAAGUUCUGAAGUUAAAGCUGUUUUAAAUGAUGAACGAUAUAAGUCCUUCAAACUCUUCACUUCUGUGUUUGGAGUGGGAUUAAAGACAGCUGAAAAGUGGUUUAGGCUGGGUUUCAGAACUCUGAGUGGAAUAAUGAACGACAAAACCCUGAAACUUACACACAUGCAGAAAGCAGGAUUCCUCUAUUAUGAAGACCUUGUCAGCUGUGUGACCAGGGCUGAAGCAGAGGCAGUCGGAGUACUGGUUAAAGAGGCCGUGUGGGCAUUUCUGCCGGAUGCCAUAGUCACCAUGACAGGAGGGUUCCGGAGGGGUAAGAAGGUGGGACAUGAUGUAGAUUUCUUAAUUACCAGUCCAGAAGCAACAGAAGAACAAGAACAACAACUUUUGCAUAAAGUGAUAACCUUUUGGGAAAAGGAGGGACUGCUUUUAUACUGUGACCUUUACGAGUCCACCUUUGAAAAGCUCAAGAUGCCUAGCAGGAAGGUGGAUGCUUUAGAUCAUUUUCAAAAGUGCUUUCUGAUUUUAAAAUUGCACCGUGAGUGUGUAGAUGAUGGCACGUCCAGCCAGCUGCAAGGAAAGACCUGGAAGGCCAUCCGCGUGGACCUCGUUGUGUGCCCCUACGAAUGCCGAGCCUUUGCCCUGCUGGGCUGGACUGGCUCCCCGCAGUUUGAGAGGGACCUCCGACGCUAUGCCACGCACGAGCGGAAGAUGAUGUUGGAUAACCAUGCCCUGUACGACAAGACCAAGAGAAAAUUUCUCAGCGCAGACAGUGAAGAAGACAUAUUUGCACAUUUGGGAUUAGAUUAUAUUGAACCAUGGGAAAGAAAUGCCUAG